AUGUUUUUCCGUCGAGUAUUUGCUAAGAACGGAUCGAGUUCCUCUAGUAGUGGAAACAGUGCAACUUCUUCAACGAGCAAUACAGGCAUGUAUGCUGUACAUAAUCUCGGUAUGUCCUCUAGUGGUGGUGGUGGUGUCCCUACGGAAUCUCCGGCUCGCUACCGGCGCGCGUUAAAUGUUGAGGACAACCAUCGUGUGUUAUCGGUGCUACAGUUGACACCACUGUGGGAAUAUAUUAUUCGUAACAAUGAACUCCCGGUCGGGCUUAAUAUGAACGAAUUGUUCCGCGAGUUUUUGGAACGAUUACAUGACCCAGAGUUUCAAGUGCGCCAGCAUGCACUACGGGUUCUAAUCGAUGUAAUCAUAGUGCUUCGAGAUGAAACAGACAUAUACUUCGCUCCGCUCCUUCCACCCAUUAUUGACAAUCUUGGCCAUCCUUCUCCAGCAGUGCGAAAGGGGGCUUUGGACGUGCUAAAAGUUUACAUUGCACAAACGAAACUUCCCGAAACAGUUAUGCUGGAAAUCAUGAACUACGGAAUGGAUCGUAAUCCGAAAGAUCCUCUCAGCAGUCGGUACAUAGUGGGGGUAAUGCUAGCUUUACCCUCACUGAUUCAACCCGCUAUUUUGACCGCAAAAAGAACGUUCAUCCUGCGAGCAGUAAUUAACGCACUUGGUGGGAAGAUGGUGCAGAUCACUUACCAAGAGAUUGCGCUUAAAAUUUUGCUCAAGAUUAAAAACACAAUCGGUUCGCGCGAAUUUUAUGAGUGCAUUUCUGUGGCUUACCGUCGUGAUUUUGAUUUGCUGUGCAACGUGUACGGUUUACCAAACCCUCCCAAAAGCCCACGACGCGAUCCAAUAGUUCCUCCCGGGGAGGUAGCGUUGGGACAUACAGAGAUGAGAAAAUCGUGGAAACCGACCGUAGCCCCCGGUGUGCCGACCCCACUGCAGACGCUUUCUCCAAAAGCUCAACGAUGGAAAUCGGGGAGCCACGGUGAAAUCUCGCGAACAAAUGAGAUUAACGAUACACCCCGUUUACGAAACCGAUUUGAAUCUGAUGAAAGAAUUCCUCAGCAUGACUAUAUCCUAAGCAAAGGUCCUGGCGGCGGUCCACUAUUAAGGCGCGUUAGUUUAGAGCAGAUUGACGAUUCAAAAGUGAUAAUGGAAACGGAGAUUAAAAUCAACAAGGAAUCGGUUACCAUGCGCAUCUUAGAGGCGGAAACAUCCAACUCGAACUCAAUCAGCGAGGAAAGUGAUGUAGACAAUGUAAACAAGCGCUUCGGAGUAGUGCGUGUGCUUACGGACAGUGAACUGGAGGAUAGUGUUACGGUGAAAUCGAUCGGUGGAAGUCAACCAGCACUGCAACAAGAUUUGCUGUACUCUUCCGACACAGAGUAUGUUCGGAGAACGCCCCGACGUGUACGGUUCGGAGGAGAAAUCGUUAAAAUGCGUACACCUGACAGUGAUACUUUUGAUCAGAGCGACCAGGACGCACUGACCCUCUCACAAACAUCAAGCCAUUCAGCACAGCUACUGUCUUCUUCCACGCUAUCGGACCGUACGUCUUCGACAGCAGCGCCUCCCCAGCGAUCCUCUUUAAAAUCGGCUUCGUCGUCUUCAGAACGAAGCAGUUCGACUUUUGCAAAUUCCAUGAUGCGAAGACAGUACUCCCAAUCGGCAGACACCGAACGUUCCUCUCCUCCCAGCACAAUGGUAAUGUCUUCUGAGUUUAACAGCAGCAUCACGGCGAAACCAAGACCAUCUUCGGCCAAAUCUACCAUGGAAACUUCCGGCAUAAGCGAACUAAACUCUGGUUCUGAUCUAGAGGAUAAUGAGUCGCCAUCUAUGGUUAUAAGCAAGGCGAUGGACGAAGGACAAAAUUACGAAACAACUAUAACGCAAACGACUUCGCGUCCAAAAUCAUCUCUUACCCGGCCAAAGUCGGUCAAAACACCACCAUCUGAACCGAUGGAACCGACCCAUCCAUCUGCACCUGCUAAAGCUGAAAGCAAUACCACUCAACAGCAACCUCCCGAAACGCCUGACAUUCAAAGUCGGCCGGAACCGGAGCCGUUGGCAGCGCUUGCUUUGGACGCAAGUUCAAUUUUGGCAGACAAGAUUGAAGAGGUAAAGCAAGCGAUACAGGGCAUCGAAAGCAAGAUAACCAAUGUCGUUAUGCAAAAGGCAGACUCGGUGGAUGUAGUACCGCACCAUACAUCACCGACUCCAACAUCCAAGAAACUGGAAUCGAACCUAUCGCUUGAGGUGCUGAUGAAAACUAACAGCAACGAGAAUGCAGAAAAUCUCGAGCGGGAUCCCUCCCAAGCUGAACACAACAAUAAAGAUUACACCAAGGAGCUCAACAUCGAGAUACCCCAGGAGGAAAAACUACAAAAUGCUCCUCCACCGUCACCAAAGCCUACAAAUAAGAAUGCCGACAGUUUGACACAAUCCAAGCCAGUUCCUAAAAUUGUUCGAUCAGGUAUUCCUCGCUUAAAUACAAUGCCUUCACCAAAAUCGAUGCGGAAAGCUAACGAAUCUACCAGCAAUGCACCUAAGUCUCCAACUGCUGGUGUAAGCGAUGCUAGUAAAGGUCAGCUCACCCCACAACCCAUCCAUGUUCGCGGUAGAACAUUGUCACGCAGCCGAUCGGCCACAUCUGCUUCACUGAAACGUAGCGUCUACAUCAGUCCCUCAUCUCUGAGCCCAAAGCCCCAUAGUGGUAUCGAGAUUAUACAUAAUCUGCUGCGAAGUCCAUCCACAUCGCCUCACAGGAAUCGACGGAAAAGUUCCACCUUGAGUGAAAAAUCGCUCGAUUCGCUAGUGUCGAAUGAUAAGAACAACAACUCUCAGCUCAUAUCUAGCGUCAAGGAAGGUGUCGAUGGUCGUACCGAUAAAUGCAUCAGCGUAAAUGAAGAUGACAUCUUCGACGUGUUUGGCAAGACAAUCGCGACCCAAACGUCCGUCGACGAGUCUAUGGAAAUGUCGUUUGUGCCCUUUACUCGUACGCCUUCACGGUUGGCGUUGGCACAAAUCGACGUGAAUGGAAAUGAUAUCGGGAACGCUUCGAGUCCUGUGGAAGGGCAAGACAAGCUCGCAGCAUUUCCUAGAGAUCGUGGACAUUCUCCAAACAUAUCGCGCCCGGUGUCUCCUAAAUCGUCACAAAAUCAACAAAUAGUCAGUUCAUGGGAGGAUCUCGGUAUCGUAAGUCGAGUCACUCUCCAUCAACUCAAAAGUCCGGAUUGGCGGAUGCGUUCGCAAGGGUUCUGUAGCAUUGAGGAAGCUCUUAAAUCAUCAGAUAAUCUAGCGAAAGUUCAACCAUACCUCGAAUCGCUACUGCGGACACUGUUGUCCUCCGAACGAAAUCUCGAUGUUGUCGACGAUAAAGUUCGAAUGUUGGUCAACCUGGUGUCGCGACUGCCCCUUGAGAACCUGGAAGAUCGAGUGGGGCAAAUCAUGACCGGGCUUUGCCGACAAGGAGGACCAGGAAGCAACAACGUGGCCAAGGCACUGAUGCAACGAUUACCAACGGCAGCCAUUGUGCAACGACUGCUAUCGGAUGAUUUCUUGCAUGCCAAAAGUUCCAAGUUUCGUGAGAAUGCAUUGCAAACGGUUCUGUUUGCUUUAAUGACAUUCCCGAGCACCUACUUCGACAUUAAAACGCUCAUUUCUCGAGCGACAGAGGCGGCUUUAGAUCGUAAAAAACGCGUCCGGCAUGCUGCGCUAGACGUUCUUGCAGUGCUGGGACAAAUUAGUUCUCCUAAAUUGGUUCUAGACGUUGUCUGCGCCGCUGUCGGAACACGCCCGGAAGGAAAUCAUCUGAUCACGGCCGUCAAAGCACGUCUUGCGCGGAAGCAACUUCCUUUCAUAGGUCCGGACGGUAGUGUAGAGUACGCGAUUAAAGUUCCUUCCAACCGUUCUAGCACUGUUAUCAUGUUUGGGGCAGACGUCGAUUGGAUCGAAGCGGGCAGUGGAUCCGCCUCGCCCACCUUCAACCGACCCGGACGAAACAAAUACCAUAGCUUCCAGGUGGAAAACAGCUCAUUUGAAGACAUGAAGCAAAAUCCGAGCUUUACUGUUUAUGAUGAAAUCAAACAACCUAUAGAAACAACGAAAAUUUCUACGAAUUCUGGUUGGACCUCCAAAAUACCUGUAUCAUAUUCGGAUAAUAUGGCUCAACCACUGGGACCAAACGCCCCUAGACCGCUGUACGGGAAUGGACAAUCGUCCAGGUCCUACACAGAGCUACACGAUAGUAAACUAUCAACACCGUUUGCGGCAAAACCUGGCACAAUCAUCAACCGAAAGCUGGAAGGAAAUUUGUCCGGCAUACCGCAAAUUGCCAAUGGCAAAAUUUCUCGUAUCGGCUCUUCGUCAAGAUUUCCCGAAAUGGAUCCGAAAACGAACGGCAAAAUCAUGCUAGCGAAGAACAAUAACCCUUACGAAAUGAGGACACUGCGAAUGCGAAGUAAACUGUUUUCCCGCAACAGUGACGGGUUUAUGAGCGACACAAUCGCUAGUGCCAACAAACAAGUACACAACGAUAUUCGACCUGCAACAGAUCCGGCGGUAGAAAGUGAUGGAUUUAGACAAUCAAGGUUCGGUAUGCGGUUCUACAAUCCGAAUAUGAUUGGAAGCCAUAACAAACAGCAAAUGACUACGCAUGUGCAGAAUCAGGAUGUAGACCAGCGUCCUAAUUUAUCACCCAGCAAAAGCUAUAACAACCACACGACCGGAAAUAACAGUGGGACAAAUAAUAGGAGUAACAGUGCAAGCCACGGUGAACUUCGGAACUCCUACAGCGACACUAACAUGGGCACGGGCGGUGGCACUGCGCCUAACACUCCUCGCCGGACCCGAUUUAUUGAUGACCGGCAACCCUCAGUCCCGACGAUUAAUCAAGAGAGUUAUAUCAUUCAUCGGGACGAAAAUUACGAUAGCGAGCAGGACGAGCGAUCUAGCAAUGAUUCCACUUCGACGCGCAUUAUCUCCAACAGUAUUUUGAAUUUUCGAGAUCGUGAUCGGGAACGCGUCACGAUAGUGGGAGACGACACUUACCCGGCAGCCGUACCUGUUGGAAGUCGUCCUGGUUCCAUACCAUCCGUUUCGCGACCGCAGUCCGUCAAUUCUCACAAGUCCAUCGGUUCUGGAGUACUUAAACAUCACAUACCAGAUGGACGGCUUUCACGUACGAGCAAUGCUUCAUACAGCAAUGCGUCUUUGAAAAACGGCAUGGAUGACAAUGGCUCACUCAAAAUGCACCGUUCGUUUGGAAGUAAAGCUCCCGAGGAUGAGCGUGCGGACAAGGAAUGGUAUGGAGAAAGAGCUACGACACCGAUGCAUAGCGAAAUAGAUGGAAUCAGCUCGAACCAGGUGCAGUACGAAUCAGAUUACGACGACGAUGAGGAAGAGAACGAGCGGUACCACGAAAGAAAUUUCAAACCAAAAUCACCCGCAACACCAAAACGCUAUCCGACCCCGAGCCCACAUCCACUGCAAGGUUCCUAUUCGACGGAAGAGCUUUCAAAUAACCAACACAUCGAGAGUCGCCAGGAGGAUGAAAAUGAUAUGGACGACGGGCAGGAAAUACCGCGGCCAAGGAGCCGCGUACAGUCGGCUAGUAUGGGCAACUUGCAGCAUCUCGAUCACGACGAAAUACUGAACGAGUCAACGAUGCCAGCUUCGCCGAAAAAAAUCCUCAAAAAGCCCUUCCUGGUGCGACGCAGCAGCAAGAUUGCGCCGGUAAAAAUGGUAGUGUCGGGAGUGAAGGCUAAAAAUAAGCUUAACGAGGUUAUCUUUCAGAAAACGUUGCGUAGAUUUGAGAAGCCGAAGGAUGCGCUCAACAGCUGCCUAGCGCACCUGGAAAGUCCCAACUGGGAGCAAAACAUUAGUGGGCUUCAAUUCUUCGUGCGACUAAUACGCCACCAUCCGGAGGUGAUCGAUACCCAGAUACACCUGCUUUCAGUGGCAUUGGCCAAACAAGUACGUAAUCUGCGAUCGCAAGUUGCACGCGCCGCAUGCCAAGCUUCAGCGGAGUUUUUCUCUACCCAUCGACGAUGUCUCGAGGGUGAGGCGGAAGAUAUUGCUACCCAUCUGCUACACCGCACGGCAGAUACGAACAAGUUCUUGCGGGCAGACGCUACUCAAGCGCUCGAAUCGAUGUGCGACAACGUGUCGAUUCCAAAGGUGGUGCACAUCAUUUCGUUUAAGGGAGCCACGCAUCAGAACGCGGUUGUACGGACGACGGCAGCUAAACUGCUCAACAAGAUCGUACAGCAGCUAGGGUCGGAAAAGGUUUUCGCACUGCCGAAGGAAACUCGCGAUAAACUCAUCCUCACAGGGGCUCAUCUGCUGCUCGAAGGAUCGCUAGAAACACGUAACUACACGAAGAGCGUGUUCAAACAGCUUUCCGACCAUGCAAACUACAGCAAAGUAUUAUUAGAAGUGAUACCUCCGCGUACGUAUAGGAAUAUAGAGAAAUCGCUGAACAGCAUUCGACAAAUGUCUUAAAUGUUCUCAAUCCUCAGCAUAAGCUGUACAGCUAGUUGUUUCGUUUCGUUACCAAGACGUUAGUGAAAU